AUGACUUAUAAAGAAUUUAAAAAAAUGGAUUUAUCAGGAAUGUUGAGAAAUUUAGAAUCCAAAUUUGAUCUAAAUAAUACUUGCAGCUACUUUUCAUACAAACAUUUUUAUGUAUUAUAUUGUAAAUUUUGGGAACUUGAUAAUGAUUACGAUUUACGUAUAAAUAAGAAAGAUCUUGUUCGAUAUUCUGAUAAUGCAUUAACUCCAAGGAUAAUCGAUCGCGUAAUACACGGAUACGGAAAAAUGUCUGAUUUGUCGAUGAAAGAAUAUGAUUCGAAUAAUCCAAAAAUGAGUUAUAGAGAUUUCAUUUGGUUUCUCUUGUCUGAAGUUGAUAAAUCUACAAAUACUUCUAUUGAAUAUUGGUUUCGAUGUUUAGAUAAUGAUGGUGAUGGUGUUUUAAGCGUAUACGAACUUGAAUGGUUUUAUGAAGAUCAAUUAAAUC